CACACUUCGCAUCAGCUUUUUGGUGGAAGACGCAACUCUAAAACCUUCUGUUUUCAGUUCGUCCUCAGUGCAGGUCAACAGUAGGAAAACACCUCUGUCCGCUAUGUCUGCCUUUCUGCAUCACUGCCCGUUCCUGAAGUCUGUCCCGCGCAUGACCUUGAGAAGGUCUGGGGCUUCACUCUUCUCUCUGGCUGACCGAUGUCCCAUCAUCGCACGCCAGGUCUCCACCCCUCCUGCUCAGAGGCCCAGAGACAAUGGCCACAGUGGCUCCAUGGCCCUCUCAGCAGGCCCAAAGCGUUCCCUGGCCCAGGAAGCCUCUCAGGUGGCCAUGUCCAUGGCCAAUGGCUGCCCCUUUGUCUCCUCGCAAAUCGCCAUGGUGAAGGCCAGCCCUGAGGUACAGGAGGACGUCUGCCCGAGUAAGACAGGUGUGGUGAGCUCUUUGUUUAAGGGUCUGCGAAGCAGCAUUAUGGAGAAGAUCCAGCCCCACACUGAACAGACCCCAAGCGUGACUCACCUCCUGAGAGACAACAUGGAAGUUCCCAGUUUUGAUUACGACGCCUUCUUCGACAAUAAGAUCUUUCAGAAGAAGAAUGACCACACCUAUCGCGUCUUCAAGACUGUGAACCGUCGUGUGGACGUAUUUCCCUUCGCUGAAGACUACUCCAUCACCAAUCGCCAUGGCGCUCAGGUGUCUGUCUGGUGCAGCAAUGACUACCUGGGCAUGAGCCGACACCCACGCGUCCUAGAUUCUAUCAGAAACGCAUUGGAUAAACACGGGGCCGGGGCAGGGGGCACCAGGAACAUUUCCGGCACCAGCAACUUCCACGUGGCCCUGGAGAAGGAGCUGGCUGAGCUACACCAAAAAGAUGGAGCGCUGGUCUUCUCCUCCUGCUUCGUGGCCAAUGACUCCACCCUCUUCACCCUGGCCAAAAUGAUGCCAGGUUGUGAAAUCUACUCAGAUGCUGGAAACCACGCCUCCAUGAUCCAGGGCAUCAGGAACAGUGGUGCCACACGACGCAUCUUCCGCCACAACGACGUACAGCACCUGGAGGAGCUGCUGAGCCGCUCCAACCCGAAAACCCCCAAAAUCGUGGCCUUUGAAACCGUGCACUCCAUGGACGGCGCUAUCUGCCCACUGGAGGAGAUGUGUGACGUCGCCCAUCGGUAUGGGGCUUUGACCUUUGUGGACGAGGUACACGCAGUAGGACUGUACGGAGCACAUGGAGCAGGAGUUGGGGAGAGAGAUGGUGUCAUGAACAAAAUCGACAUCGUUUCUGGAACACUGGGCAAGGCAUUUGGCUGUGUGGGUGGUUACAUAGCCAGCACUGCUGCCCUGGUGGACACGGUGCGCUCCUAUGCCGCUGGCUUCAUCUUCACCACAUCCCUUCCCCCAAUGGUCCUGGCGGGGGCGCUAGAGUCGGUGAGGGUCCUCCGAGGCCCAGAGGGCCAGGUGUUGCGGAGGGCCCACCAAAGGAACGUCAAACACAUGCGGCAGCUGCUGAUGGACGCCGGGCUCCCUGUCAUCAACUGCCCCAGCCACAUCAUUCCCAUCCGGGUGGGUAACGCUGAGCAGAAUUCAAAGGUUUGCGAUAUCCUGUUGGAGAGGCACAACAUUUACGUUCAAGCCAUCAACUACCCGACCGUCCCUCGGGGGGAGGAGUUACUGCGCCUUGCCCCCUCCCCGCACCACGAUCCUCAGAUGAUGGAGUACUUCGUGGAGAAACUGGUAGAGGUGUGGCAGGAGGCGGGGCUUCCCCUGAGUUGGCCAAUGGCAGCUGCCUGUACCUUCUGUGAUCGCCCACUGCACUUUGACCUCAUGAGCGAGUGGGAGAAGUCCUACUUUGGCAACAUGGAGCCGCAGUACAUCACAGUGUCUGCCUAAAGCUAAAGAAACUGAUGAUGAAAACAGGAAAAUUAAAGUUAAAAGAUCAACAUUUAAAAAAAAAUUAAAUAAACCCAAAAAGAAAUGUUAUUUAAUUGUUUAAAGGCCUUCUUCAUUUCCAGCAGAAUAAGCUUUACUUAACAGUAAAACUGAUUUGACUGUGUUUUGUGAACCUUCUGUCUAUACAGAUUCAAACUGCUUUUGGCAUGUCACUGGCUCUGCUUUCCUCCAGGGUACAGUUUUCUCAACUUCCUCUGACAAGGGAGGAGAGGCCUGCAGCAUUAUGAAUUAUGAUUUUGGAAGAAUGCACUUAUUUCUGCAAAUAUUUCUGUGCUCAUUCUAAAUGGGGGCAUAGCCAUGCCUGCACUCAGAGCACUUUAAUUAACAGUAAUUAAUGUAAUUUAAAUUCCCUCAGCUGAGGUUUAGAGACCUGCUAAUUUGAUUCAUCACUCAUCUUUUCCCCUGUUAUUUCUCUGUUAUUCCACAUUCAUUAGUAAAUGGUACCACAACCACAGUUACCAGUUACCAUUUUUUCCUUCUAGUGUUAUAAUGGUAUCCACUGUGAUGAUCAAUGGAAGUAAAUACCAUAUUUACCAUCACUGUAAUUUAAGAAAAAUACAUCACCCACACAAUAUACGAAAAAAACAUCACACCAUGAUAUGAACCUAAACAAUUAUUAUUUGAACAUAAUUUGAAUAUGAAGUGGACAGUUUCAGUCACUGUGCC